ACAAAGGUAAAUAACAAUCAAUGGCCAACUACGGACGUUUGAAUGAGAAUUUUGUGAAAGAGCGGACAAUUCACGUUUCAUUUUCGCAAUUUCUGGACGCCUAAUACAAAGGAAAUACUUUUAGAUGACAAGUCUCCAUCCAUAAGGGGCUGUAUGAACCAGUACACCGGGGUAAUCCCCUACCCGUCUCGAAAAAUGUACUCUGCACACAAGCCAUUGUGUGCACUGGGCCUACUGCAUAGUUUUUAUCCGAGGAGAUGUGUUCCACCACCAGAACCGUAAUUUUUUUAUGGAUGUAGGCAAGCGUGCCGUUUGAACCAGCGCUGAUAAUUAUGGCUGUAAGUUGCGGUGCCCCUGCCUUAACCACUUGGCCAUUUAACUUGAAGAUUGUUGCCAACAUGGAGGAGAAUCCAGUUCAGUGUCCAGUCUGCCAUCAGCCGUAUGACCGGGGAAAGAAACGCAGAUUGACCGACUCAUGUGGACAUGCAAGGUGCUUUACGUGUAUGUUCGCUACGGAGGACUGUUUAGUAUGUGCUAGGAAAGAAUCUAGUCCAAAACAAGUUACAGACAGUGCCAUUAAACGGCCAGCACCUGUUGUCAAGCCUGCACCUCCUGUCCGGCCACGGUCAAAGCAUGGUCAAAUGGCCCAAGACAUGGUGCAUAGCCCUGUAACAAGCCCAACAGGAAUGAAUGGUUUUUCUGAAGCAGUCAGCAGCGGCCCACCAGUCUCUCCACGCAGACCACUGCCAUCAAAGCCUCAAGUUUCACCACCACAACAACCACCAGUUUCACCAGGCUUUUCCAAAGGUUCACCUUCUAAUGAGAAACAUUACUCUGCAAGGAUAUCUCCACAUCAGCAGGACCAGUUACCAAGAUCGUCAAAACGACAUUCACCUAAGUUAGUGUCCUCUUUGCCCUCCCCAACUGGACAUUCCCAGCACCAGCCAAUUGGGGUAUUGCCACAUCAGAAGGACCAGUUACCCAGACAGUCAAAGCGACAAUCUCCUAUUGGACAUUCACAACAGCAGCCAAGUGGCAUUUCACCACAUCAUCAGGACCAGUUAUCCAGACAGUCAAAACGACGGUCACCCCCUGGUCAUCACCAGCAACAGCUAAGUAGGGUUUCACCACAUCAGCAAGACCAGUUAUUAAGACAAACAAAAGAACAUUCACCUAGGCUAGUGUCUCCAUCACACUCUCCUACUGGACACCCCCAACAACAGCAAAGUGGAAGCCUAACACAUUCGUAUCCCGGAACAAACCAUUUUGACCCAACACUUUCAAGGGGACUUCCAAAUCAGGCUUCACGUGUACAACAGUCUAGGCAACAAGAUCAGAAUUUUAGUACAACAACCAUGCCACAAAAUCAACCUCAAUUAGCAAAACAAGUAAAAGAUGAGAGCUCUGUGCCUUCUGUAACUGCCCAGAAUCAAGGUAUGAAAGACAAGAGGAAGUUUUUUCAAGAUGUUAUCAACAUUUCAUCCCCACCUGCUUCUACUAAAACGUCAUCAAAUCUAAAAGAACCGAGGAAGUUCUUCCCAGAUCUCCAGGAACUAGAGUCAACCAUCCAGCCAAUGGCAUUGCCCAAUACACAAUCAGAUUUGCCAGCUCCUGAGCUGCAGGCAGUGAAACCCUCAAGAAAUACGGCAACACCGCCGUCAGAGGUUGACUCAGCCUCUGAGUCGUACUCUGCUGAAUACUCCAGCCAAUCAGAGAGUGACGAAAUGGAUAACCUCACAGAGAGCUUUUAUGAUGAUGACGAUAUACCUCCACCACCCCCAUCAGAAGCUGCAAUUGCCCUGAUAUCAAGACUUGGCAAUUUGUUUGAGAAGAGAGGUUCCACCGAAUUCUUAGAUGAAUUAGGAGCUGAUUUGAACAAUGAAAACAGCUUUGAAAACAGCUCAAAGAAUGGUGCUCCAAAACCAGUUUCAAAUGCUGUUCCUCUACCAAAGUCAGUGCAACUUCUGCGUGAAGGCGUUGCAUCUAAUCAUGCAUCACCGAACACCACACAAGAUACAUUCACUACUGUGUCAUCAUUGAACGAUACAAGUAUAUGGACCGAUGAGGAUUCUACCCCAUUCUCUACACCAGUUGCUCUAUCACAGCCCACCACUAGCCCUGCAAAGCAUGCAUCAGAUGCAGAUACUGUCUCUGCAGACUUAAAACCAAUUGCUAAAGCACCAGUUUCAACAAAAUCCACACUUGAUGAAAAAACUGAGUCAAUUCCAUUACCCAAAGAUCCAAGUAAACACUCUCCAGCAUCAGAGAACCAUGAAAAUAGUCCUCAAGAUCUCCACCACUCUCCAACAUUCCCACCGCACCAAAGAGUUUCUCACGCUAACGAUUUUUUCCGCAGUCCAGUUCAAAAAAAUGUCAGCGAACCUUUGUCAUUUUGUAUGAGAUAUGAUAGAUCAGAUUCAUCGGAAAUAUCAAAUGAAUUCCAAAAUAAAAAAGCACCGGAUAAGGAAUCAAACUUAUUGACAGAUAAUUCGCAAAUAUUUUAUAGACCAGAUUUAGAUAAAUUGCAGGUUACGUCAGAGAUUGACACUGGUUUACGUACUAAAAGUAACAGCUCACAUGCAACUCAAUACCACAUGCCUUAUAAGACAAUUACAAGCGUCAAAGAUUAUGUAAGCUUUGAGGAUCUUGAGGAACAUUCAAGAAUGUAUGGUAAGAAAGAGGUACAUGAAGGAGUUGCUGGAAACCAAGAAAACUUUCAGGAAAAUAAAGAAUUUAUACCAUCAGUAGCAGCCCAGUCAGGGAUAGGUGACAGAUUGUUGGGUAAAGAACAUGAGGAUCAUGUGAAAAUUGGAAUUAAACCAUUAGAUUCUCAAAAUGUGAACAAGGAAAAUGAUGACAAAAUACAGGGAAUGACAAAAGAGGUCAGCCUCAGGAAGGGUCGCAGUCAGAUUCCUCGAGGGAAGGGUUUAGUGCAGCGAAGAAGUGCAGAAUUUGAACGACUCAUGCUUAACCCAACUCAUAAGCCCACUCAAAGUGAGAAUAGCUCAAAUGAAAUUAACGGAAUGGGUGAACAUAAUACAGGAGAGCCUGCUGUGUUGACUCUGCGUUUCAACAGCAACUUGGAUAAUUCUUACCCUUUGAGAGGUAAGCUCCAAUCCCCUAACAAGGAUCAACCGAAAAUUGAGGCUGUCUCCAGCACAAAGACGGUCACUAAACCCUCUAAUCAGACAUUUAAAGUAGCUAAUGCUACUCCUACUCAUGUGAAGGCCAACUUUGCACAGGCUCUCACCAGCAAAGAUGAGAUGUUUAAUAAACAAAUCUCUAGUAAUAUACCCUCCAACCCCAAGUCUUCCAGUCCCCAGACUGAUUUCUCCGUGAGGACCCAGCUUAGUCAUAGUAUGAGCCAACCCUUCCCAGUAAACAUAGACAAGGAAGAGUCUUCUAGCCCAAGGUCCAGCAUUGCUCAGUCACAUUCUGUGAACAUCGCAGAGCCACAAACAGCUGGAGGUUACUAUCAGAAACAGGUUUACGAUGGAUAUAAAACACAACCAGGACGUUCAAUAAAGCAGGCAAAUCCGAGACAGCCAUUUCAGAUGAAUGUUGCACAUUCCCAGCCCACAUCAUCCGAAAUGGGUCGUCGACAUCGUAUUGCUAGUGUUGAUGCUGUGUUGGAAACGAGGGAUUCUAAAACAGGACCUCGAGCUCAAACUCCGCCCCCUGGACUAGCCAACAUCCUAGCUGCAAAAGAAGCAACAUUCAGACCGAGAUCACGCAGUACAUCCAACAGCCUUGAGAGGCUUGCCAGUGAGUGGCAAAUCUAUGGUACAAUUGACACAGGUGAGGAGUCGCACAUCAUGAAUGGUAGAGGCUCGCUCACGAGAAGAUCGUUACGUGACCAGGAUAAAAAUAUUAGCAGAUCAAACAUAGAUAUAAAAGUUCGCUAUGCACCGUACAAACCUCCUCAGGUAUUCCUUCGACCAAUCCUCUUUGAGGUUCCUGGUAUCAUGGAUAAUGAUAUGUUCAUUGGCCGUGAUUGGCUGUUUUCCGAGAUGGAGAUGUGCUUUAGUAAGGAUCAGAAUCCCAAAAUUAAGGGCAUUGUACUGACUGGGGACGUAGGAAUGGGAAAGACUGCUCUGCUUGGUCAUCUUGUCUCGAGAAGUCCUAUUGCACAGUUACUUGGUUACCCAGAUGCAAAGGCUACUCCAUUAAAUCAACCUUCCACGUCUGCAUUCACUUCCCUAGCUUCAAGAGUGGUUGCGUUUCAUAUAUGCCAGGCUGACAACAGUCCAACAUGCUUGGUACCAGACAUGGUCCACAACAUGGCUGCUCAGUUAGCACAGAGUCUUCCAUGCUACAGAGACCAGCUCCUAGCAGAGCCACAUUUACAGACAUUGCUAUCUGUCAGAGAGUGCUCACAGAACCCUUCAGAAGUUCUAACUCGAGGCAUUUUAGAUCCGUUGAACAAUUUAAAACUUCAGGGACGGAUCGGGAUGGACUCGUGCUUAAUCCUUGUGGAUGGAUUAAGUGAGGCGGAGUUUCACAAAUCCGAUUACGGAGAUACAAUAGCUUCUUUCUUAACUAAAAACAUAAUGAAGUUUCCUUCAUGGUUAAAACUUGUAAUAACUGUAAGAACUCAAUUACAAGAUAUCACAAAAUUACUACCAUUCCAUAAAAUGAGUCUAGACAAAGGCAAUAAUCCCCGCUCAGAGCUUAUAGUGAAAGACAUUGAACAGUACGUAAUGCAUCGCAUAUACAACAGCGACACCAUUCGCUCAGUGGUGUCUAUAAAUGGACAAUUAGACGAGGAAUCAUACCUCAAGUUCCAGGCGCAAUUGCAGACCAAUAGCAGGGGCUCAUUCCUGUACACCAAGUUGACCCUUGACCUAAUCAGUAAGGGUGACCUCCGAGUAGUCUCACCCCAUUUCAAUGAGUUGCCAGUAAAUAUUUCUGAAGUCUAUCUACAGAUGUGCAAUAGUUGCUUCUCAAAUUCAAAAGCAUUUGAAAAAGUGAGCUCGGUUUUCAACGUGAGCCUAGCCGCAUUGUUUCCAUUAACGGAUACGCAGAUCUAUGAAAUUGUCAAUGCAGGGUAUGUCAAGAAGUUUCUACCGUGGGAUGAAUUCCAAAGGCGGAUGGCUUCAAUUGCAGACUUCCUUCUGAAGAGACGGGAUAAUACCAGGAUGCUGUUUCAUCCAUCAUUUAGGGAAUGGUUAAACCGGAGGGAUGAUGGAGAGAGUCCAAAAUUCCAAUGUGAACACAGGUACGGUCAUGCUUUAAUAGGGUUCAAGAUGACCCGGCAGUCAAGUCGUCUGAACGCAGAGCAAGCUUUUGAGCUAGGCCACCACAUUCUCAAAGCUCACAUCUACAAGACGCUAGGCAGGCAGUUGGGCUACUCAUCAAGGGAGUUACAGGCAAUCUGGAUGCACAUGAAUGCUGAUAACCUAUCCAAGAGCUUGGCUCAUAGACGCAAUAUAUUCUUCCCUAAUGUGAAGGUCAGUCGUCUGCUUCUGUUGGCAGGCGCUAAUCCCAACCAGAAAACAGAUGUCUUACACAGCGCCCCCAUACUGUGCAUAUCUGCCAAGGAAGGUCACACUGAGAUGGUGUCUCUCUUGUUGGAGUUUGAUGCAAGUGUGAAUUCUGAGUCAGAUGAUGGUAUGACAGCACUGUGUUACGCAGCAGCUUACGGUCAUCUCGAAAUUAUUCGCAUGCUGAUGAUCAAGAGAGCACGGGUAACACACAUUGAUAGGAAUCGUAAGUGUGCCGUGGUUCAUGCAGCUGAGAGAGGACAUCUUGAUGUAGUAAGCUUCUUACUGCAAUAUGACUGGUCCUCAAGAGAGUCUCCUCAACUUAAUAAGAAGGUUGUAAGCCAGCAAGCUGCAGUUGCUGCAUCUGCUAUGGGGCAUAAAGAUGUUUGUCAGUUUUUGUUGGAUUUGAAUGAUGUAUCAUACGGUCACUGUUUCGUAAACGUCAACCAAACGGACACAUUACUAGGUGAGACCCCUCUCACCGCAGCCUGCACAAAUGGACGUGUGGAAGUAUGUAAAUUCCUCCUGAAGCGUGGAGCCAAUGUCAGAACACGCAACCAAGGCCUGAUGUCCCCGUUGAUCUGCGCUGUUCGCAAGGGCCACUGGGAAGUGGUGGAUAUUCUGUUGUUCAAUCAUGCGGGAUUGGAGGAGAUGGACAAGCAUGGUCGCACACCACUUAUGAUAGCUGCGGGAGAAGGGCACGUUGCGGUUCUUGAAAUUUUACUGAGUAAAGGUGCUUCAGUAGCCUCGGUUGAUAAGGAGGGUCUAACAGCACUCUGCUGGGGGUGUUUGAAGGGUCAUAUCCAUGUUGUCAGGUCGUUGCUAGAGCGGGAAUCUAAUGUGAAUCAUAUGGAUCGAAGCGGGAGGACCCCUCUUGAUCUGGCUGCAUUCUUUGGAGAUGCCCAAGUGGUACAAUUACUACUAGAGAGUGGAGGUCAGAUAGAGCAUGUAGACUAUAGUGGCAUGCGACCCUUGGACAGAGCCAUCGGAUGUAAGAAUGCUAGUGUUGUACAGGUGCUGCUAAAGAAAGGUGCUAAACUUGGUCCAGCAUCAUGGGCGAUGGCAACUUCCAAACCAGACAUUAUGCUGAUACUUUUGAAAAAGCUAAUGGAAGAUGGUAACACUUUAUAUAAGAAAUCGAAAUGGAGAGAUGCCUGCCACCGGUACCUGUAUGCAUUAAAGAAAUUUCCAACGGAUAGUUUUGGGGAUGAUAUAAAGAAUUUCAAAGAAUUGCGUGUCAACUUCUGUCUAAAUGUGUCAAGGUGCAAACGCAAGUUAGAGGAGAACAGUGUUGCUUUAGAGUUUGCUACUAAAGCACUGGACAUUAAACCGAAGUGUUAUGAGGCCUUAUAUGCAAGAGCACGUGCAAAGAGAGCACUCAAGCAAUUUGGUUCUGCUUUGCAAGAUCUAUUAGAUGCUUUAAAACUUGCUCCAAAUAAUAAGGAAAUUCGUCGGCUACUCUUACGUGUCAAAGAAGAAUGUAAGGAGGAAACAAAAAGACAGAAAGACACUAUGAAGACAGGUCCAUCGCAGGAAUCUUUAGUAGAUGGCCAAAUUAGCGGUGAUUCAACAGGAGAAGUAACAGACAGGACAUCAAGCCCAAACAGCAGGUUGAGCCCCAUGUGUACAAACGACAUGGAUGUGGAAGUACAUAUGCCUGUACAUGUAGGCCCAACUGCCCUUUGAAUAAGGAAAUGAUUUUCUAUAAUUAUAGCGCCCUCUAUUUUGAUAAUUUUAUGAGUAGGCAUUUGUAUAUUUUUGGUCUCAAAUUUUGUUUAGUGUUUAAACAAUUCAUUUUGGUCCUCAGUUUGUAAGCACUGCCAUACAACUAAAUAGUUUGACACAGUUUUUCCCCUUUUUUUCAUAAUUUUCUAGAAAUAUAAAAACGUUAAACAAUGAGUGCUGAUGAGUAUAUUUACUACGUAACUAAUAAUUAUACUGUACUAAUAAUAAUUACUGUUAUUACAAUUAUAAUUAUAUAUAUGAUGAAAAAUAUCAUAUUGUACAGAAUAUUUUGUGUAUAUAGAUUAAAUUGAUAGAUAUUUUUAGUUUGCUGUUAGUUUCAAAGUAAUGAAUUUCAAAAUAAGAAAUAGCAGGAUAUUAUAUAGGUAUACUAUCUAACAAUAAAUUACAAGAGUAGGAUAGAAUUUGGACAAGUGCAACAUAGCUGACAAGCCUGAAGAAUUCUGACCCUACAGUACCACAUUAAAUUCUAGGACAGACACUUAACAUUUACAUUUUUUAAUUUUAACUUCUUUCAUUUGUUAUCUUAAUUAUACAACUUAAUUACUGAUCAUAAUUAAGAGAUCCUAAACACAGACAUUUCCAUUAUAGUUGAUUAAAAAAGAAUACAAGAGAAAGGAAAGGUGUUAAAUUUUAAGUCUGGUUUUUGUUUUGUUAUGUUGUUAAUUUAUAUUGUAGUUUCUUGGGUAAUAAGCCCAAAUCUUUAGGGUUUGUUGUUGGUGGGCUUUGGGUGGAUUUUACCACAAAUCCAGAAAGUGCAAACCAGUGGAAGAUCCAGGAAUUUGAAAUAGAGUUGACCAGAGAGGGGCUUUGACAGAUGGAGGGUCUAUAUACAACCAUGGUUUUGGCUGGUUGUAAAAUUUACGAUUAUGUCACCUCUAGAUGGCCAGAAAUGGCACUCUCAGACUUUAAAUUUGAAUGUAAUUUUCUUUUUCUCUCCAAUUUGGACAAAAAUUUAGGGUUGCCUGGGCCAGCUGCCCCACCCCCUUUGAAUCUGCUCCUGCAGGCCUAAGCUAGACUACAAAAGUUGACCUAAGCCAAAAGUUGAGCUUAUACUUCAUGCCAUGGAGGUAUAAAAUUAGAGAAGAUCAGCCUAAAUAAUGUUUAUUUAGCACAGGACUAGGUCUAACUUGCAUUUUGAUGAUAAAUUUCAAUACAAUUUUCGCCCAAACCUUUCUAAAUUUAUCUUGGAAGGGGCUCCAUGACGAAAAAAUCCAAUUUAUGUCAGAACCUAACCCACCAUUUCUCACUUGCAUUUUGAUGAUUAAUUUCAAUACAAUUUAUGUUAUUUGGGUUCAAACCUUUCCUAAUUUCUCUUGGAAUGGGCUCCAUGAUGAACAAUUCCAUCUGUAUGAGAAAGUAACAAGUAACCUACCCUUGCUAAAUUGGUACAUUCUCCUUUUGUAUGUUAAUUUAUACUCCUAAAAUAAUUGAGAAAAUGUAAAUUAUUCAAACAUUAAAGGAGGGAUGGGCAGGGAGGGAGACUUUCAAUUGGUUGUAAUUCUGUUUAUUAUGGGAAUUGUUAAUCAUCAUCGUAAACAAAAUACAACCCUAUUAUUGUCAGUGAAUAUACUUGUUUUUUGUUAGUAUUUAUUUUGAUAUUGUGGUAUAUGAAUGAUAAAUUUCAUCUUUUAAUUAUUGAAGUUUGCCAUCACUGCAGAUGCUCAGACAAUGUUUAGCACUGUCUAAAAGUUUCAAUUUUAUUGUUGCUAUGCAAGAUCUGAAUCGUCAGCCAUCACAUUUUUUUUCUGUAAAUUUCACACAAUGUGAGCAGAGUGCUAAGUUACUAUAAACAAUAUUUCAAAUAUUUUCCUUUUUUUACAUAUUUCCCAAGCUGCAUUCCAGAGGAAACGAAAUCCGUUUUUUAAAUAAGAGAGUAUAUAAAUGUUUUCAUCUUUAACCACCAUUUUGGUACUCGAUUUUGGUUCUCUUCUUUCUUCAGGUUUUUAGUUUGAAGAGCUUUCCUCACUUGGUGCAAUAUACUAAUAUUUUGUUUACUAGAAUUUGUUAUUAAGGAGAUGGGAAACGUAUAGAUGUUAACACAUGGUAGAAUUGUUAAUCAGUGUAAACCAAUAUUUAUGAUAAUUUUUUUCUUGUAGAAUUUUAGAAUUAUUUAUGAUAUAUAUGUAGAGAUUAGUACUAGCUACAAUGUAAUUUACUUCAAAGCAUGCAAUGUUAUUUGAAGUUCUGAUAACAAAUUAAUAAUUCUAUAUGUAGUAUUCAGCCGGCUGCAUACAAGUGUGUGCAGCUGUGCUGCCCUCCUCUUUUGAGAUUCAGCAAACGAGGAAUCCUGUGAAGAAUCUGAAUUUUCAUUGGUCAAUUGAUUGAUUAGACUGAUGAGGUUGUUCAUUGGUUUAUCCAGUUCGGAAGAGAAGAUUUUAUUAUGCCAUGCCAUCUUCUACCCCCAUAACAUUAGAACAAAAAUAAUGAUAAUAAAAGUAUGAUGUAAAGAAAGUAAUGAAAUUGUUUUGUAGCUAAUUGAUAGGGCUUCAGACUUCGAUAUGUUACCCUGCCUUGUGAUGCUGUCCCCUCCUCACCUUGCAGAAUCAUUGGUUUACUUUUGCUAAGUAUAUUUUUACUGGGCGUGAAAAAUUUACACACCCACAACUUCUUCCUUCAACACACAUACCCUCACAGUAGAGCCCCUAAUUCAAACUGUUUCACAGGCUUUGACAGUACAUUUCCCAAAAAUACUUUGAGAUGGGGAUAUGCUUUGAGGUUAAGAUAAGAAGAAAUGUUUUAGGAAGUAUUGAAAUGAAUAAGGAACAUAUGUGAGGUCAUGUGUUAGGGGUCACUACUACAUGAUCAUUUAUUGUAGGGCUUUAAUAAAUGUUAACAAAUUUUUCA